GGGAGGUGGGACCGGACAGGCUCGGGGGCGCAUCCCCUCUUUGGGGUCUUGGGGGAGGGGCCCCAUUUGGAGGUAAAUGGAAAUCCUUUAAAUUGGGGGUGAAUGGGGGCCUCCCUUUUAUCUUCGGUAGGACCCCUUGUUUUUGGGGUGAGGGUUCAUUUCCUCUGAUCUUGGGGUAAAGGGAUUCCCUUCCUGUGGUUUCAAGGUGAGGGGUCCCCCUUGAUCUCAGCGUGACAGCUUCCCUCUUGAUCUUGGGGUGAGGGUCUCCUUUAUCUUGGGAUAUAUAGUCCUUGAUCUCAGUGAUGGUUCCCCUAGUUUUGGGGGUGAGGAGUCCUGAUCGUGGGGCUCACUCCCUUCAAUUAGGGGGUGAAUCUCCCUUGAUCUCGGCGUGAGGGGUUCUUUUGAUUGCAGUGUUAGUUCCUCUUUUGAUCUCUGGGUGAGGGGUCCUCCUUGAUCCCACAAUGAGCACCCCUCUUGAUUUGGGGGUGACGGGGUCCUUUUAAAUUUCGCUGUGUUCCUUUCUUGAUCUUGGGGUGAGGAACAGGGUCCCACUUUAUCUUGAUGAGGGUUCCCCUUUAUUUCGGGCACAGAUUUCUUCUAUCUCAGGGUGAUAGUCUCUCUGAUCUUGGGGUAAGGGUCCCCUUUAUCUCGGGGUGUCUCCCUUUAUCUCCAGGUGAGAGUCCCCUUGAUAUUGGAAUGACGGUUCCCCUUUAAGGGUAAAGGGUCCUCCAUCUUGAAGGAAGGUCCCCUUUAUCUCGGGGUGAGGGUCUCCCAUUAUCUUGACAGAGGGUCCUCCUUAUCUCAGGCUACAGGCUACCCUUUAUCUUGACAGAGGGUCUCCCUGAUUUCGGGGUGAGGGUCCCCGUUAUCUCGGGGUGCAGGAUCCCCUUGAUCUUGACAGAGGGUUCCUCUGAUAUCGGGGUGAGGGCGCCCCUGUCGCGGUGAGAGGGGGGCUGGGGCCGCGCCCCCCAUGGCCGAGGCCGGCCUGGACGAGUUCCGCCGCCGCUGGCGGGAGGAGCUGGCCCUCCGAGAGGGGCCGGCCAAGAGGCGGCGGCGGAGCGGAGAGGGGCCGGCGGGGGCGGCCCGGGAGCCCGAGCCGGUGUCGCAGUGGGGCAGCUGCGGGGCCGUGCGGGCCGCCCCCGGGGGUGCCCCAGCCCAGCCGCCCCGGGCUGCUCAGGGCUACUUCGAACUGGCCAAGAGCCUCCUGGAGGGCGGGGAGUGCCCGCUGGCCCCGCCCCCGCCCCGGACCGCCGGGGGGCCCUCCUGCCCCAGUGGGGGACGGGUCCCCCAGACCCCCGAGGCCCCGCAGCCCGAGCACCCCGAGAGCGCUGGCGGCGACCGGCUGUUGGAGCAGCUCAUCAGAGACCUGAAUGAAAUCAACGAGAUCCCCUUCUUUGACAUCCAGCUACCUUAUGAGCUGGCAUUAAAGAUAUUUCAGUAUCUGGGCAGGACUGAACUGGGAAGGUGUGCUCAGGUGAGCAGGACGUGGAAGGUUCUCGCAGAAGAUGAAGUGUUGUGGUACACGUUGUGCCAACAGGAAGGGUACCUUCCAGAGACCAGCAUUUCUGACUGCUCCUGCUGGAAGCUUGUCUUCCAAGAAUCCCGGGCCAAGGAACACACGUUACGGACCAACUGGAAGAAUCGCAAUGGUGCCGUGAGCCAGCUGCAGUAUGAGCUUGGUAAAGUUCUAUGUGAUGUCCAUUCCUGUGACGGGGUUGUUAUUGCUGGAUAUACAUCAGGGGAUGUGCGGUUGUGGGACACCCGCACCUGGGACUACACAGCCCCCAUCCUGGAACCAAUGCAUGGCGCUGCUGAGCCUGGAUCUCAGCCACAUGUCUCCUUUGUGAGGAUAAACAACUCUCUGGCUGUAGCAGCUUAUGAGGAUGGGACUGUUAAUGUUUGGAGUCUGAUGAUUGGUCGUGAUCCUGUCCAUUGCUAUCAACAUAACCUAAGAAUACAGGCAUUGGCACUCAGCCUAGAGGGGGCCACAAUUGCUACAGCAUCUGGCUUUGAGGUCAGAAUGGAAUGCCCCAGUGAGAAGGGAUAUUGGGAAACAGCGGCUCAUUUUGAAGUUCAGAAGAUGGUCAGCUUUCUUCAUCUGAUUCCAGAUGCUGGAGGGCAUCCUGUUGCAGUUGCAGCUGCUGAAGAUGUUGUAUACCUCCUGAAAGCGGAGAACCCCAGCCGAGUUCUUCAUUCUGUGUAUGGCCAGCCUGUCACAUGUCUGGAUGUGUCUUCUAAGGAGGCCGCCUUUGGUGUAAAAAGCUUAGGGUGGAUGAAUGAAGGAAACAAGAUACUGCUGUACAGCCUGCAGACGAGUCAGUGCCUGACCACACUGGGCAGCUCCCUGGGGGACUUCACAUGUGUCAACCUCCGGAACAGCCCCCCACACCUUCUGGUCGCAGGAAAUAAGGACAGGAGGGUGAGGGUGUAUGAUCUGCGCAACAGUAUGUCCAUGUGUUCACUCUAUGCUCACCAGUUAGGAGUCUCUGCUGUUCAGAUGGACGACUGGAAAAUUGUCAGUGGGGGCGAGGAAGGCCUGGUUUGUGUCUGGGACCAGCGGAUGGGUAACAAGCUUUGGGAAAUGCACGCCAGACACCCUGUGCGUCACAUCUGGUUUGAUACACACAGCCUUAUUACAGCCAACAUCCCUGAUGAGAAGAGCCCCCGAGGGGCUAGCAUUCUGGAUGAUGACUUGACCGCUCAUCGAAGGUCAGUUGGCCAGCCUGACCAGGGUAGGGCUUACUGGCACCGAGGAAUCAUCUAUGCCUAUGAGUUUUCCAUGGACCAGUUGGCUCCUGAAAGCAUUCUUCCAAUUUGCCGCUCGUCCUACGAUGAAGUGGCUGGUUACAACUAUAACAUUGGCCUGGCCGUCCCCUACGACAACAUUUAGGGAAUGAUCUCUCCCUUUGGAGCAGAGGGGGCAGGAAGACCUUAGAGCCGCCCUUCCUCACUGCUGUGUUAGAACCUGCAGAAACCUCGGGCUCUGCCAAGCUGACCCCACUGGCACCUUGGCAGUGAAUGGUUGUCAGAUGACAAGAGGGGUGGUAUGGGGGCAAGAGAAGCCCUUUUCAACCCUGGCCUCGUUUGGGCCAGGGUAGGCCCCAGCAGGGGCAUUCGAGCUCCGAAUAAAAGAGCCCAAGCCAGAGGCAUCUGCAGGCCCUAGGAGAGGGAACGCUGGGCCCUAGAAAAGAAUAAUUUAUACACUGAGCUUUGGAUGUGUUCCAGAGCAUCCAUUACGUUAGCCCUCUGUCUUGUGUCCUCCAGCAUCAGCCAGCAGCUCUGGAGGGAUCGACUCCCGAGGACUGGCUCAGCUUAUUCAUAGUAAAGAACAGAUCAGUGUAUGGAGCUUUUAAAAACACUAAAUCUGCAACUGAACUGUUUCAUGCUUUAGAUUAAUUUUUCUUCAUAAAAUAAGCAGCCGCAAAAUGGGGUAGCAGGAAGAUCCUGGGUUUCCUGUCUAGUAAGAGGUCUUAUACAUUCAGGAUGGUUUUCAUCCUGAAAACAGUCAGUUCUGUCCCACAAAGACCUUUUGGUUUUUCAGAUGAAGAGAGAAGGGGAGAAGGAGAGACAGACAGAGGGAGAAAAUGGGGGGAGGGAGAAAUAGAGAGAGGAAGGCAGACAGGCUACAGCUGAGCUCUGGGGCCCACUUCCCCUCCAGGCAGCUGCUUUGUUUUCUUUCUGAAACAGCACUUUGCUUGAAGAUCACUCUGAGUUUACUUUCCACCCAAAGAUUCCUAAUGUAUCAUCAGCCACCUGAAAUAUAGGGGUGCUGGAGAAGUAUUAACUGGGUUGUUUUGACCCCCGGCUGACCUUCCUUUAAUAACAUUGACUUCUGCCACAGUUCUUCUCCCGUGCAUUGUCAUAAUGAGAACUACAAAUGGACCACUGGGCAAAAGAGAAUGUCUGUUUUCAAAAAGCAGCCCCUGUGGCAUUCUGCAUUUCAUCAUACUUCUAGCUAUGCAGAUGAGUAAGGCAGUCACUGGCUCGAAUGAAAUUAGGCAGAAUGUGUAUUAAAGCAGGGGUUAGAUAGGAGUUUUACUAAAAAUUAAAAACAAAACCUAGGUAUGUUACCCUUCUACCAGCAACAGUACAAUUAAUAACUAAAUACGGGUUGAAAUAAUAAAAUUUUCUACCAGUUUUAAUCUCUA